AUGUCGCCCACCACCGUGUUGGUCCCCCUCGACGGCGAAUCCCUCCCGACGCACGCCGAAUCUUCGAGCCUGCCCGCGCUCCUGACGCAGCCCCACGCGCGUCCGAUCCGAUGCGUGGCGUCGAUGCCCGGGCACAUCGCGUUGGCCGUCUCGGGAAGUACGUACGUUCACGCGUGCUCCGCGCGGCCCGGCGACGCGAAAAGCGCCGAGGCUGCGAUGCGACGCGCGUUAUCGCAAAAGAACGGGCCGGCCGGCGGCGUCGCGCGGACGGCGUCGAGCGACCUGCGCGCGGCGUUCGGCAGCGGAGAAUUCGGGGGCGUCGUCGACGGCGCGGGCGACGUCGGCGGGGACGAUCGACGUCGCGACUCGCAGCUGUCGUUCCACGGCGCCUCGCCGGUGGCAAAGCUCAUGUUCCUGCCGCAGGACGAUUCGCGGAACGUGCCGUGCGUGCUCGUGGCGGUGCAGGAGAACGGCGCGGUGGCGGCGUGGUGCCGCGUGAGCCGAGCAGGCGACGACGACGACGACGCCGUCGGGUGGACGGAGAUGGCCGAGCCGAGCGUGCCGGGGGGACCGCCCGAGAUCGCGCCGCCGCUGCGGGGGUACCGCAAGGGUGCGCACGGGGUGGUCAUCGACGCGGCGCUCGCGGUGACGGAGGCGGCGGACGGCGACACAGCUGGCGGCGGUAAAAGCGGCCUCUGGGGCGGGUGCGUCGUGCGAGUGGUGACGCUCGUUGAUUCCGUCGGAAGCGAUCGAUCGGACCCGUACGGAUCGGCGUCUAACGCAUCGUUCGGUUCAAAGCGCGUCCCCUCGCUCAUCGCGCGGGAGGUUCGCAUGCCGUCGGUGGAAUCAGUCGCCCGGGCGGUUCGAUCGCCGUUUUCCUUCGUCAGGGACUCGACGCCGACGACGCCGUCGACGACGCCGGCGGCGGACCCUUUGAAAGACCGAACCGAGACGGCGACGAUUGCGGUGGAGUAUCCCGGCGCAAUCGCCCUGCUCGGCGCUGGCGGGAGCGAUCUGUGGGUGGUGUGCGCGGGAGGAGGAGGAGAAGGCGGAGGAGGAGCAGGAGGAGGAGGAGGAGGAACACACGGGCACAAAGGGGAAGGCGGAGGCGGAGGAGGAGGAAUGCGCCGCGCGAACGGGUGCGAGGCGUACAGGUGGAACGCGGCACUCGGCGUCGCGACGGCGAGGGUGAACGUCGUCGCCGCCGCCGCCGCCGCCGACGCCGUCGCCGCCCGAAUCGACGGCGAUCGGGAUUGGGAGCUGCCGAACCGCGAAGCUUCGACGCCGGCGGUGGCGUUGACCGCGCCCGGGAGGGAGCUUCUGGCGGUGACGCCGCGCGGCGAGGUCAUCGUGGCGUCGCCCCCGCUGCAGAGAUGUCCCGUCGGCACCCCGUCGGCACCCCCAUCGGCACCCCACGGCCCGCCCGAACCAAUCGCGUGGAGACACCUGGCGACGCUCGGAGGUUUCCGCGAGGAGUUUGCGCCGCACGCCGGGGGGGCGGGCAGGCGUUGGGCGUGCGUCGGCUCGGUCGCCGCGCGCGGAUCGUUCCUUCACAUCGCGUGGUGCUUCGCGAACGACGCCCGCGGCGACCGAGCCGGCGGCGACGCCGUCUCCGGGCUGGACGCCGCCCCGGGGAAGUCCGCGGUGACCACCUACCACCUGUCGACGGGCGUGGCGGUGGGCACCGCGCCGAUGCCGUCGCUACCGCCCCCGAGGGGCUCGCUCCCUCUCGCGGACGACGACGACGGCGAGGGCGGUGAUGGCGACGACGACGACGACGACGACGCGGGGCGGCGACGGCGGCGGCGGCGGCGGCGGCGGCGCGGGCUCGUGGUCGUCGCGCCCGGCGUCGGAGCCUUUCCGGAAAUUAUCGUGACGGCGUACGAGACCGGCGGCACCGCGGGGGUGUUCCGACUGGAACAGCGCGUCCCCGCGUCGCUCGCCGCGUCCAUCGACGCCGUUGUCGACGGAUCCCUUGUCGAUCCCUUAUCCGUUAUUGAGCCCCCCCCCUCCGCGGUUCGGCGCGCGGCUCGGACGCUCCGUUUACUCGCGAACGAAUGCGCGGGGUGGGGCGGGUCCGCGGAGGGAGCUCGGCGUCGCGCGUCGCUGGCGCUCGCCGAGCUCGAGGCGAUCGCCGCCGCGCGGGGUUUCGAGCUCGAUCUCGAUGACGGCGACGAUGACGAAGGCGGCGGCGCGUUGAGCGCCGGCGGGACGCUUCGAGCGGCGCUGUUACUCCGCGAGAGGGACGCGGGCGCGGUGAACGCGGAAUCGUGGCGGUCCGCCGCCGCGAAGUGCGUGGAAUCCGUUCGGUCCCCGGCGUCCGCGUCGUCGUCGUUCCAGGGGUACUUGUCGUCGUCCGCGGACGUGCGCGUCGUCGAGGACGCCCUGCGCGACGCCGAGGCGGUGGACGUCGAGAAGUACCCCUCGAACGACGAAGUUUCCGGCGAGGUUUCCGAGAGCAAGUGGAAGCGGCUCGGCACCCCCGCGAUGGCCAGGCGGUUGGACCCUGCCGAGUGGGACGACGCGACGUGGUACGACCUCGAAGAUGACGUCCCGGUGCACGCCGAUAUGCGCGUCGGGCUGGCGGUGAUGGAGUCCGCGGAGGCGUCGUCCGCGGCGGCGGUGCCCGAGUCUAAGGCGCUCGACGCCGACGACGGCGACGCUCUCAUAAAGUGCAGAAACGCGAUUCAUCUCGCGACGCAGGCGGCGAGGGCGCGCACGGAGCCCACGGCGGCGCUCAGCGCCGGGACGAUGUUCGAUAACCACGCGGCGGAGACGGUGGCGGACCUGUGCGACGGGAGCUUCGACGGGGGAAACGUUAUUCGCGCGACAGGGGACGCCUUCGACGACGCGUUUCGGCUCGCCGUCGACCACAUCUCGACGGCGACGCUCGGCGCGGAGGAGAGGGUCGCCAACUCCAGAGGGGGAAAAACCGGGCACUCCUCCGACGCCGACCCCGGCCAACGAGACUACGGCGUGUUCGAGUCCACGUGCGCCGUGUUGCACGCGUGUUGGCCGCGCGCGUUGCCCAGCUUUGCGCGCGCGUACGCGUUUAAAAGAGGCGUGCCGGCUAAGAAAAUCGCGACGGUCGCGCUUCGACGACUGGCGCCGACCAAGUUGGAACUCUCGGACUGGCCGGCUGGUGGGGUGUCGUGCGUCGCUCGCGCGUGCUUGCUGCACGUCGCGGGGCACACGCGGGUCGCGACGUGGAUGCUCCUGACGGGUGUUCGAUGUACGAACGACCCGGAGGCGGCGUUGAACGAGAUGAUGGAGCGGUGCGCGAGGGUAAACGCCGAAAAGGAAGUUUCCGGCGAUGUUCCGGAAAAGUUCGACACUCCGGGCGCGCGGCGUUCGACGCUCGUCCGACACUCGUCUGAGGAGGACGACUCGUCGGACUCGUCUGGCGACGACGACGACGACGCCGGCGACGGGGCGCCCAUGUCCGCUCGCGCUUUCGCGGCUUUCGGCGGUUCCUCGAUUAAAGCGGGAUUACAUCGGGAAAGGCCCGGGAAGGAACUGCGGUCGACGCCGCUCGGCUGGCGCCUCGCCACGGAGCUCCUUCGGGCGUGCGCCUCCGUCGACGACGUCCAGGCGACCGCGGACGUCUUCGACGUGCUCCGUGCGUCGUUCACGGCGAGCGCGGGCGCCGCGUCCGCGUGGCAAAGUCCGCAGAGUCGUAGCCAAAGUCAAAGUCAAAGUCCUCCAUCCGCGGCGCCGCCAAAGCAAACUUGCGUUGACGUCGCGGAGGACGGACUCUGCACCGCGGAGGGUGCCGCGGCGGCUUUCUUGGCCGCCGCGGGGGUGGCGGCGAGGUGUUGGGCCGGAGGUGCCGUCGCGGAGGCUGCGCGCGCCUUUGAAAAACUGACGAACGUCGACCCGAACGAGGGCAUAGACGAGCGGCACGACGCGCCGAGGCUCGUGACGUGGGAUUCGGCGCGGGUGGACGCGCUGGAGAGGCUGGCGGGGGAGGCGGCUUCACGGCUGAGGGAGAUGGCCGCGAACGUGCGGGCGGACGAGGGAUCGGCGCCUAUGUCGACGAGGCGCGGGCUGGUGAAUAACCUGUUCCUGGGCGCGGGCGUCGGGGUGAAUCUUUACGGCGCGUACUUCGUGCUCGCGUUCCAGGGCCACCUGCCGCCCGACUGGUUGCCGGGCGCCGUGCUCGGGUACGACGAAGCGGUGGCGCGCGGUGACGAUCGUCGUUCGGCGCGCGCGGGGGAGGGGGCGGGAGGUGUCCGGGGGAGUACGAGCGCGGAAGGUGGCGUCGGGGGACUGGGGAUGUCGAAAGUCGCGACGCCCCCGCCCCCAAAGCGCGGAUGGUGGGGCACGAAACGCCCCGGUGACGGGAGCUCGACCGCGCGGUGA